AGAUAUUAAAAAAAGUGUUAAUUUAUAGGCUUUAAAAGCUAUAACAGCAAAAUAUAUGAACGAAAUAUGAAUGUUUUAGGUAGAAAUGGGAUUGGAUUUCGUUUAUACCGUUUUUUUCCGAGAAAAAACUCGGCAAAUCUUUCAACUAAGGAAUUAUUAGGAAAAAAUCACUUAUAUCCACCUUCAUCGCCUCUAUCUCCGUCAUUUGUGGCAUUAGAAACAUCUCCGUGCAGACUUUUAGAUUAUUAUCGCAUGACAUUAUGCCAUGAUAUUUUGACCUUGACAUAUGCUCAUGAAACAAAAGUUAAAUUAAAAAAGCGAAAUUUUCUUCGUUACUGGGAUGAUUCAUCUCCAUAUCAUAGAAAUCGACCUGCUCGUCUCCCAAGAGGAAAUAAACCUGUGAAGCCUAUUCAAGAAAUAAGAACACAUAGAAAUAUUCCAGCUUUAGAGAGUGCAGUUAUUCAUUCUAUGAUUAAAGAUGCUAUUGAAAAUAAAACAGCGCUUUUAUCUAUGGUUAUGGCUAUACAAUGUAUUACUGGUUUAAAACCUGAAAUUAUAAAUGCAAAAACAGGUGUUGCUCCGUGGAAAUUAAGAUCAGGAAUGCCAAUUGCAACAAAAGUAACCCUUAAAGGGCCAGAAAUGUAUAGAUUUAUUUCUGUUUUAGUAGAAUUAGUUCUUCCAAGAAUGAGGGAUUUUGUAUCUGGAUUUAAAGCUAACUCAGGAGAUUCUAAUGGUAAUAUUUCUCUUGGAUUCCCACCAGAUGCAAUGGCUUUGUUUCCUGAAAUUGAAGCAAAUUAUGAUAUGUUUCCAAAAAUAACAGGUUUUCAUGUUAACAUAAAUACAACAGCUAAAACAGAUUAUGAAUGUAGAUUACUUCUUUCUGGUUUUGGAAUUCCUUUUGAAGUACCAAAUAGAACCUAA